UUAUUCUGCAGUACAGUUUCCAGUUUCAACUACACCAAGCAUGAAAACCUUUCUCACAAUCUGCCUCUUAGCAGCUUUUCUCGGAUGCAACAAUGCGGUAAUCACUAGAUUCGUAUGUGAGCAUGACACCAUGUUCAUCAACUGUGGUAGCCACACGAUUAAUAUUUUGUGCGCCAGCUACGGACGUUCUGUGCCUUAUAGCCAGCGUUGUGCUUACUCGGGCAGCAUUGAGGACACGUCGUGCAUUGCGCAAUCAUCAAUAUCCAAAGUCAAACAGGCUUGCGAUGGAAAUUCGUCGUGUAGUGUCCAGGCUAAAAACGGUGUUUUUGGUGACCCCUGUAACGGAACAUUUAAGUAUAUGGAGGUCUCGUACGAAU